AUGGCUGAACUCUCUCUGGCUUCGUUGGCACUCUUCCUCCCGGCCUUGGAUUCUUGCAAUCGCCUUCAUGCAGGCUACAAAAAGACCAAAUCCUUUGGUGAGGAUCUUGGUAUCAUCGGUGUACAGCUUGAGGCACAGCGCAUUCGACUAGAACAAGUCGCUAAAAGGAGACUUGGAGAGUUGUAUGACGCCAGGUCGAUCGACUUCAAUGAUGAGAGCAAUCCAACAUUGCAGAUGGCGUUGCGCUGUCUAGGCGUGAUCAGGCAUCACUUUGAAGAGUGUGGUCGACUGCUCAAGAUCUACAGCGACAAAGGCCCUGAUUCACCAUCUCUGCGUGAGCAAAGUGCGAGUAAAGCCAUGAAUGGCCCUGCGCCAAAUUCUAGUGUCUCGAAAACUUCACCAAAGCCUGAUAAGGCUUCUAAAAUCCCCUUUCGCAAGAAGUUGGCUGUCAGCGUGUGGAAGAAGAAGAAAACCCCUCAGGAAGAGACGCAAACCAGUAGCAAUGACCUUGUUGAGUCCCAAAAUACCCAGGGACAAUCGACCAGCAUUCUGAACAACGCUUCGGUGGCCAAUGAGAGCGAGAGGCAGUCUCAAAAGGCCCUUUCCGUCCAGAAAUCAACUACAAUAUUUCGACGGAUCCAGUGGGCGAAGACUGACCGUGCAAAGCUGCGCAAGAUCGUGGAAGAAUUGCGCACCGUGAUCACCGAGCUUGAAGGACUCUUCCAAACCCGUGUCGACUCAAAGGCGUCCUUUCUAUUACAGCAGACACCGGAGACAAAUCCGUUCUUCCAAAGCUGUGAGGAUGUGCAAGAGUCGCUUUUCAGAUUGCAUAAAAGUCUGAUGCAGGUUCGAAGCAGUCAAGAGCAUCGUGAUCCACAUUUACUAGGCUUUCAAUUACGUGAAGACUCUACUGCCAAUCGUUCCGACCUAGAGAAUGAACCCUACGUGCGUCUCAGGACGAAUUCUACGAUCUUCAACUUUCAGCAAAAGACCUCCAGCAACUCCACGUCUGAAUCUCGCUUGCUUUUGGUGGACACCCUUCUUCAUUUGCAAGACGAAGCAAGCACUGAUGCAGAGCCUACGCUAAAUUUGCCACUCCCGUUGAAACGGAUGAGCUGCUUGUCAAGGCCGAACGAGCUAGCUGAGACCGAGCUGGACCAGAACGUGGAAACCUGGGGCUAUAUUCACUCUCACGACUCAUCCCAUAUCAUACACCACGACAGAGUAGGCCAAUGGAAAAACCUAUGUAAUCUUACCGACAUGCUAUCUCACCCUUCUUACCUUGAAAACAUCAAGCCACAGCAAAUCACCCAACUAGUAAAACUUCUCCUUAUCUCUCGUCUCCAAUUGAGUUCUGUCACAAAUCUCCUCGAAACUCUACCCAACAUAUCACAAUACCAGUAUUUUUGCGACCCGACCGACGACCCCGAAGAGUGGAACCACGAAGACCCUCUGAUCCUCAAACCCUGGCUAUGCCACGGCUUCGGCACUCGAUCAUCCAAGCGCAAACUCGGCGGCGGCAGCGGCGUAUCCAAUCAACGGAAGGCAUCAAUGCUUGAAUUCGGACUGAUUCUAUUUCAAAUCUGUACGGGCCGCAUUCUAGACGAGAGGACUGGGCAGGAGAGUACCACAGUAGAACCACGAGAGCAAGCCGUGAAGGGCAUGGACCAGAUUGACAAAAUAGCGGGGUCCUCGAUGACGGAUAUCGUGCAAACUUGCGUGACCUUUGAUUCAAUUGCUGAUGCUGAGGGGGAGCUGCAGGGGAUAGAUGAAGUGCAGUUUGUGCAGAGGGCCAUUAUGACGCUUAUGAGGGAUGAAAGACUCUUGGAAGGAUCUCGAUGCGCGCCGUUGUGA